AUGUGGAGUGAUGAGGAAGAUGGAAAUGCAGAUGGAAAUGCAGAUGAUGCUAGAUCUCCAACAAUUGGGGAGGACAGAGAUGAGCCAGGGGAGGACAGAGAUGAGCCACCACCGGUAGUAGAGGAAGAAAUUGAGAUUGAGGCAGAGGAAGGUCAGGAUCAAGAAGACAGAGAAGAUUAUGAGCAUGAGCAUGAGGCAGAUGUAGAACCUGGUGAUGAUCCUUUUACAAAUAUCACAAAAAAGAGUGAUAUUCAGUGGCGUCGUCACACCCGCUUUACCCUAGUAGAAACAACAUGGGAAAGUCCCACCAGUGACCCCCCUGAGCCACUAACACCAUACGGCUACUUCAAGCAGUAUGUUCCAAGUCAGAUGUUUGAGCUGAUGAGCACAAUGACCAAUAUAUAUGCAGAGCAAAAUGGAGUCAGGGGGUAUAAACAUGCCUCAGCUUCUGAGAUUGAAGUCCUUGUCGGUCUACAUAUGGCAAUGGGAGUUCUUGGUCUUCCAAGAGUGAGAAUGUACUGGUCUUCCAGUAUCAAUAUUGGAAUUUUCACGGAAACCAUGUCUCGAGAUCGUUUUUUUCAACUCCGCUCCAACCUGCAUGUUGUAAACAACCAUGAGAGGCCUCCUGGAGACACUGAUGUUUUCUUCAAGGUCAGACCAAUCUAUGAGUCCAUAAGGAAACGCUGUCUGCAGCUACAACUGGAGGAAGAUCUCUGUAUUGAUGAGCAGAUUGUGCCUUUCAGAGGAAAACUCUCUGUGAUCCAGUAUAUCAAAGGGAAACCUACUCCAUGGGGAGUGAAGAUCUAUUUCCUCUGUGGCAAAAGUGGGCUUGCUUAUGAUUUCCUCAUCUAUCAAGGUGCCACAACAGAGCUUUCUGAGAAAAGCAAAAAUAUUCUAAGGCAUGGAGCGUCUGUUGUCUUCCACCUGUGCCAGAGAAUUCAGAAUCCCAACCACAAGCUCUUUUUUGACAACUACUUCACCACCUACAAUAUCCUUGAAGUUCUUGCAGAAAAGAAAAUCCAUGCUGCUGGAACAGCAAGGCUUUGCCGCUUUGCAAAUCCGCCACUGAAGCCAGACAAGGAAAUGUCUAAGAAAACGCGGGGAAACCAUGAUGAAGUUAUAAGUAGGGAUGGAAAAGUUGUUCUAGUGAAGUGGUUUGAUAACCGCUCUGUUGUACUGGCCUCCAACUUUGUUGGUGUUGGAGAUGAAGACGAAAUUGAGAGGUGGGAUAAGAAAGAGAGGCAGUAUGUGAAGAUCAAGCGUCCAGAGGUUGUGAAGAAAUACAACAAGGCCAUGGGAGGGGUGGACAAGCUUGAUCAGCUAAUCAGCCUGUACAGGAUUGAUAUCAAGUCCCGCAAAUGGCCACUGCACAUGAUUACUCAUGCUUUUGAUGUUGCUGUAGUGAACAGCUGGCUUGAGUUUCGCAGGGACAAUGAAUCCAAAGGAACUCAGCCACAGAAAAUCAUGGAUCUCCUUGAAUUCAAAAUGAAUGUGGCCGAAGUGCUUGUGCGUUCUGGGAAGCCACAGGGUUCAAAAAAACGAGGGAGGCCAAGCAAUUCUGACGUAGCCAGUACCUCUCAAACUCCACAUGAAGAAGCUGGACAAAAGAGAGGGGCAAGGGAAUGGCGGCCAGUUCUUGAAGUCCAAAAAGAUAUGGUUGACCACCUGCCAAAUUAUGAUGCAAAAAAAGAAGCAACAAGAUGCAAAUUGGAAGGUUGUUCUGGGAAAACACAUGUCUUCUGUGAUAAGUGCAAGGUGCACUACUGCUUUGUGUCACAGAGAAAUUGUUUCAAAGAUGCACACAGGAAAUGA